GUCUGCAAAGUUGACUCCGCCGAACGAGAAUUUUCCAAGCUGGCCAUCACUAGCAGACAGCGCAUACCGGCAAUGGUUACAAAUCACGCUCGUCCUGAUACUAUGGGGAGAAAGGAAAAGCGAUAAUCCCUGCGAUAUUUCCAUGUUCGACCAUGAACAGAUUUCCAACGAGGCCUUCGCUCCCCUUGACUUCAAGUAUCAUGUUUUGCGUUCGGUCAUGGGCUCAAAUGAUCAUCUAGCAGUGCGCACGCAAGUGCCUGUUGCUUCCAAAUCGCAACCAACAGCGGGUCCUUCAAAAUUUCCUGGAUCAUAUGAUGAUGCAGCAUAUGAAGACGACGACGAAUCAGAGCUCUCUGAACUGGUGCGCUCUUGA